UCGCGAGGGCGGGAGCGUGGCCCCGCAGCUAUCCGGUGCGCCGCGUUCUCAAGUUCUCAGUGGCGUUGCCGGCAUCGUCCCCUUGGCGGCCGCUCGCGUCGCGGUUCCUGAACAGGCCCGGCCCUGCCGGGAGCGACAACGAAGCCCUGGAGAAGCCACCGUCCCCACCGGCGCCUCCGCGGGCGCAGAAGUCGCCCGGGCUGGGGAAGGCGGCAGUCGCCCCCAACCGCCGCCUGGGCACGGUCCGCGGCGGGCUAAUGUCUUCGCCACCGGGCCGCCGCGCCCGCCUGUCGUCCCCUGGGACGAGCCGCCAGACGCCCGACGCCCGCGAGGAGGUGCGGCGCCGCCUGAAGGACCUCAUCGAGGGCAACCGGGUGAUGAUCUUCAGCAAGAGUUACUGUCCACACAGCACGAGGGUAAAGGAACUCUUUUCAUCCUUAGGGGUGGACUACAACAUCCUGGAACUUGAUCAAGUUGAUGAUGGGGCCAAUGUUCAGGAAGUGCUGACAGAAAUCAGUAACCAGAAAACAGUGCCCAAUAUUUUUGUGAAUAAAGUGCACGUGGGCGGAUGUGAGCGAACUUUCCAGGCACAUAAGAACGGUUUACUGCAGAAGCUCCUUCAGGAAGACUCGGCUCAUGAUUAUGAUCUCAUCGUCAUUGGCGGGGGCUCUGGCGGCCUCUCUUGUGCAAAGGAAGCUGCCAACUUGGGAAAGAAGGUCAUGGUGCUAGACUUUGUGGUCCCAUCGCCUCAGGGCUCAUCCUGGGGCCUGGGCGGCACCUGUGUCAAUGUGGGCUGUAUUCCUAAGAAGCUGAUGCACCAGGCAGCCCUCCUGGGACAGGCCUUGCAGGACUCGAGGAAAUUUGGCUGGGAGUAUAACCAGCAGGUGAGACACAACUGGGAGGCCAUGACAGAAGCGAUCCAGAACCACAUCAGCUCCUUGAACUGGAGCUAUAGGCUGACCCUUCGCGAGAAAGGCGUGGCCUAUGUCAACUCCUAUGGCGAGUUUGUCGAGCUGCAUAAAAUAAAGGCUACCAAUAAGAAAGGACAGGAAACAUUGUACACUGCUUCCAAGUUUGUCAUAGCAACAGGUGAAAGGCCACGGUACUUGGGAAUCCAAGGAGAUAAGGAAUACUGUAUUACAAGUGACGACCUUUUCUCCCUGCGGUACUGCCCUGGCCGUACACUAGUUGUAGGCGCCUCGUAUGUUGGUCUGGAGUGUGCAGGGUUUCUGGCUGGCUUGGGAUUAGACGUGACAGUUAUGGUACGCUCUGUCCUCCUUCGUGGCUUUGAUCAAGAAAUGGCAGAGAAAGUGGGAUCCUACCUGGAACAACACGGCGUCAAGUUCCAAAGGAAAUUCACCCCUGUUUCGGUUCAACAAGUGGAGAAAGGCUCACCUGGAAAACUGAAAGUUGUGGCUAAGUCCACUGAAGGACCGGAAACAGUUGAAGAAAUAUACAACACGGUUUUGUUAGCAAUUGGUCGUGAAUCCUGUACUAGGAAAAUAGGCCUGGAGAAGAUCGGGGUCAAAAUCAAUGAGAAGACUGGCAAAAUACCAGUAAAUGAUGUGGAACAGACCAAUGUGCCUCAUGUCUACGCUAUUGGGGACGUACUGGAAGGCAAACCAGAGCUCACACCUGUGGCCAUACAGGCAGGCAAGCUGCUAGCUCGAAGACUCUUUGGGGCCUCUUUGGAAAAGUGUGAUUACAUUAACGUCCCAACAACGGUGUUCACACCUCUGGAAUAUGGCUGCUGUGGGCUGUCUGAAGAGAAAGCCAUCGAAGUGUAUAAAAAAGAGAAUCUGGAAGUGUAUCACACCUUGUUCUGGCCUCUGGAGUGGACAGUCGCCGGCAGAGACAAUAAUACCUGUUAUGCGAAGAUAAUCUGUAACAAAUUCGACAAUGAGCGUGUGGUGGGAUUUCACCUUCUGGGGCCAAAUGCUGGUGAAAUCACACAGGGAUUUGCAGCUGCCAUGAAGUGUGGGCUCACAAAGCAGCUACUGAAUGACACCAUUGGAAUCCAUCCCACGUGUGGUGAGGUCUUUACAACAUUGGAAAUCACGAAGUCCUCGGGGCUGGACAUUACUCAGAAAGGCUGCUGAGGCUAGCCCCGCUGUUGUUGGUUUCCCCUGUCACACUCUCGCUCUGUGCCCAUGACAUCUGCUUGGGCACUAGGGGACCAUUUCCGGGCUUUCUCCUGGCCCAGAGAUGAGAAGGUGGCAGAGGACCAGCAGCAGCAUCUGAAGUCUUCGCUGACGGCAUGCAGCGACCAGGCUGCAUCCUUGACGCCUUGGUUCGGAACCCACAGAGGUGAGCCAAGGCCGACUCCUGCACGUCAGCCUCGACUUCCCCCCAUGAGGCCUUGGAUGGCCCAGUGAGCCCGCCCCCUUUCCCAGUUGCCAGCGCUUUGACUCUCUGUUUUCAUGAAGAUAUUAUAGUUUUCAGUGUGGACUUGUCUGUGAAGAGGCUUGUGGGCCUGGAGUGCGGCACCUAGGGAUUCAUGGUGUCUGGAGACCAAGGUCAGAGCAGCUGGCUGCACAGGACUGCUGCAUUGGUGGGAGGCCUAUGCAAUGGAUGGCCUUUAAAGGGUACAUUUAACCUGCUGUCAGAAGCCUGACUCCUACCUCACCCUUGAACAUCUGAGGUGAGAACCCUGAGACCAUUCUCCUAGCCUCUGCACCAGCAGAGCACCGCAUAUAAGAGGAAACUCGUUGUAUAGCUUUCCCAUGUUAAUCUUAAGGUCACUAUUAAAAAGAUUUUACUAUA